GUCGAUCGGCAGGAUGCAAGGAUCAGCCAAGACCAACAAUAGAACAUCAUAACAACAAUAGAACAAUAGUUUUUAUUUUUCAGUUGGUCAGGAUCAGCCAUCGCCAUCGGCCAUUAUUCGUCAUCACUGAUCAGCACAAUUACAUCAGGAUGCAUCUGCAAUCAGUGAUACAGCUGCAGAAACCCGAAUUCAAACAGAAUCUACUGUUGUCGAUUUAAGUUUUAUUUGCUUUCAAUACAAUAUUGUAUUUCAUCUUCUCCGUUUUCCAUCGUGACUUGUGAAAUUAUUAGAUCUGUUUGGUAAAAAUGGAUAACGAUGAGUUUGACCUUCCUAACUUGGGUACGAUUCUCAGGGAGGUUAGAAGAACGAUUUCUGAUUUUGACACAGCUUCUCCUAACAUCUUUGAGAUGGCAACAGAUUUUGAGCAGCAAGAAUUUGUUACGAGUCAAGAAAUAGCGCCAGAGCAGUGUUUUACUGAAUGGACUCCAAUCGAGUAUGAUGUUAGCCAGCAAUGUUUAGCUCCUCCUCAUCAAGUGUUUAUCAAAGGAGAAGAACAAGUUGAUGUAGAUGAUGACCAAUGUUCAGAAGUAGAUGAUGACCAAAGUUCAGAUGUAGAUGAUGACCAAUGCUCAGAAGACUCUGACUACAGCAGCACAGUGGAGGUGGAGAGCAAUCAGAAUAUGCGACCUUCCGUCAUCGUUAGUCCUGGCCAUAACAAUGUCUGUCCAACAGAAAUGGCAAAUGAUGUGAAGCAGGAGGCCAACCGUCAAGUAGCAGCCCCAGAGUGCAGCCCCAACCCUGCUUUGCCUCUAAUCGGUGAUGGUCCUGAUUCUGGCUCACAAAUCUUGAGUCGCCAUAGAUUUAUUAAAGAAAAGGAGCCAGUUGAGCAACAAGCUGACGAAGUAAUAAUUGACUGCAACAAAAAGAAUAGAAAUCGGAAGAUUCGGUCUUCUUGUAUCCGCAGUACAAAAGCAACAAAAACAGGUAGACGCGACGUUGCACACUUAGAAGCAAAACAUCUCACCUGUGAAUUUUGUGAUUUCCAUUGCCUCCAUUUGACCGAUUUGAAAACUCAUCUUAAAACGCAUUCUGACAAAAAACGUUUCAGAUGUGAAUCUUGUGAAUUUAGUUGUGCUACUUUAGCUAGUUUAAGGAGGCAUAUUUUUACACAUUCAGAGAUAAAACCUUUUAGCUGUGAACUUUGUAACUUCCAAGGCACUACCGCAAAAGAUUUGAAAGUACAUAUCAGAACACAUACCGGCGAAAAACCUUUCAGUUGUGAGCUAUGUAACUAUACAAGCUCUCGAAAAGGUACGUUGAAAAGGCAUAUUAGAACCCAUACAAUGGAAAAACCUUAUACUUGUCAUAUUUGUGACUCCAAAUUCGCUCAAUCAGGUGGUUUAAGAUUGCACCUUAAUACCCACACAAAGGAAAGCGUAUACACUUGUGAAACUUGUGGCUCUAAAUUCACACACAUGAGCAAUUUGAAAGCUCAUCUUAUAAUACAUACAGGCGAAAAACCAUUCAGAUGUGAAUUUUGUGAUUUCACAUGUGCUAGUUCAUCUAGUUUGAGAAGACAUGUCUUUACGCAUUCAAACGAAAAGCCUUUUAGAUGUGAAUUUUGUGAUUUCACAUGUUGUAGUUCAUCUAGUUUGAAAAAACAUGUCUCAACGCAUAUAAACAGGAAACCUUUUAGAUGUAAAUUUUGUCAAUUGGAAAGUGAAUGUUUAAGUGAUUUUGAACGACAUGCUAGUACACAUACCGGCGAUAAACCAUUCUGUUGUGAAUUUUGUGAUUUCACAUGUGCCAGCUCAUCUAGUUUUAAAAGACAUGUUUUAACACAUUCAGACAAUAAACCUUUUAGCUGCGAAUUUUGUAACUUCCAAGGUUCUUCCUCAAGUGAGUUGAAAGUACAUAUUAGAACUCAUACCGGCGAAAAACCAUUUAGUUGUGAGCUAUGUGACUAUACAAGCUCACGAAAAGGUACAUUGAAAAGGCAUAUUAGAACACAUACAAAUGAAAAACCUUAUACUUGUAACAUUUGUGACGCGAAAUUCUCUCAAUCAGGUGGUUUAAAAUUGCACCUUGACACUCAUACAAACCAAGGCGCUUUCAUUUGUGAAUUUUGUGGCUAUCGAUUUACACAGCUAUGCAAUUUGAGAUCUCAUCGUAGAAUACAUACAGGAGAAAAACCAUUCAGAUGUGAAUACUGUGACUAUACAUGUGCUUGUUCAUCUAGUUUAAGAAAGCAUGUUUCCACACAUUCGAACAUUAAACCUUAUAGCUGUCAAUUUUGUGAAUUCAAAAGUGCUGGCUCGAGUGAAUUUAAACUACAUAUUAGAACACAUACCGGUGAAAAACCUUAUACUUGUAAAUUUUGUGAUUAUAAAAGCUCUCGAUCAGGUACUUUGAGAAGGCAUAUUAGAACACAUACAGGGGAAAAACCUUAUACCUGUAAUUUUUGUAACUCCAAAUUCUCUGUAUCAGGUAGUUUGAAAAAGCAUCUUAAAACGCAUACUAACUAAAACCUUUUCAAUUGUGAAAUUUGUGACUUUAAAUGCUCUCGUUCAAUUGAUUUGGAAGAUCAUCAAAGUACACAUAAGGAAGAAAUGUCCAUUACAACUUCCCAGUAGUGUAGCUUUAUGUCUAAAGGACAGUAAGUAAGUGGUGAGUUGUAACCCACUAUGGACUAUGGCUGUGGAGUGAUUGACUGAUAUUAUAGGGUGAGGAUGAAAUAUAAUAAUGCCUUUAGAUGGACAAAUAGGCAAGCUGGUACAUAUUAUCCAGAUUUACAUGGCAGUAGUAGGCUUCUAAUAGAAGUUGGCUAAAGAUAUCUUAAGACCUUUUUUGAUUUGCACUAGUCAAUAAGUAGAAGAAAGUUCAGAUACUUUGUUUAAUAUGAAAGUUCAUCGUGUUGUUCACUGUUAUUUUUAUAACUUAUGUAAAUAUUUAUGCAGUGUAUGUUGUGAAAUUAGGAAAAAUAACUUUAAGACUUUCUGUAAGGGCCUUCAACUCAGUUUUAGAAACCUUUGCUGGCUCAAAAAAGUAUUUUCUUUCAGAAAUGUUAUUUGCACUUUCAAGGCUUCUUUCUACUGGCGAGUUGAAUUGCAGCUUCGUAUCACAGGUUUUAACACAUGAAAAUGUCUAAAAUAAUGCGUCGGUACUACCAGAUCAAUCCCACACUCACCAACAAUAAUUAUUUUACCAUGGAGACAUGCAUUUAUAAAUAGGGCAUUGUUUGUUUUUCUCCGCCACUCAAGUUUAUUCUUAGGCACAACUCAUUGUAGGAUAAUUUUAGAUUGGCUUCCAUGGGACUACUGUACAGUUUCGAAUUAACAAUGUCGUACUUUUUUGCCAAUUGUUCAAUGACCUUGUUCAACCUUGAUUAAGGUUUAAACAACUAUCUAAAUUUGCUGAUAAAUUAAUUGAUUAACAAGAAAAAUGGUGACUAAUAAUAAAAAUUAAUAGGUUUUUUUACACCGAUAGUUUAUUGGAGGCAAUUAUUUACUCCAUACACUAAUAGCAUUGAAGCACUCUAUGGUCAUCACAUAUGUUUGCCUAACAUGAGGUACAGGAAUUAUUUGUCCCUAUUGCGUGGACAGAAGGCACACCUCCUUUGUUGUCUGUCUUCUCCAACUUCUGGUUGGAAAAACGAAGACUGCGGAGUGUGGUCACUUCUAAUCUUUCUUGCAGUAAAGGUUUCACAAUUUCCAAUGCCAGCUCCAUUAGGAAAACUCUUCAUUAUUGUUUUUUAAAUUUUCAAAUUACUAAUUUCAAAGUUCUAAUUAUUCUCGUGAUCAAUUUCACUUGAACUUGUAUCAUCAUAACAUGUUUGAUCAUAUACAUCAGAAUCUCCUAGUUUUGAAACAGAAUUAUCAUUUUUAUGUAGCAAAUUUUCUUUUGAAACCAAUGUACCUAGAAUACAUGUACCUUGUAUUCUAGGUACCUUGGUUGAAACUGUCUCCUCUAAAAUAACAAAUACAUUGCAAGGUUCAUUGACAUUUCGAACUUCUGAAUUACAAGCUUGUAACACCCCAUCACUGGUGAUACUAAAAUGUAAUGUAUCAUCAAUAGAGUCCAUGAGUGAGCAAAGCACAUUCAAUUUCUUCAUCUUGUGUUGCAUUUUUUUCACAGAAAUUAGGGUCACAAUCAAGUCAGUUCCAUCAUUGUAGUCAAUGUGUGAAUGAGCCACAACAUUCAAAUCUUCUUCAGCUGCUGUUGCAUCUUUUUCACCGAUUUUUCUCAAGAAGGAACAUGUAAUGUCAUUAGAGGUAGUUUUUCGAACAAUUUGACAAAUGAAGUUUUUUAUAAUGUUUUUGCUCCAUCAUUGGAGUCAAUGUGUGAAUGAGCCACAACAUUCAAAUCUUCUUCAGCUGCUGUUGCAUCCUUUUCACCGAUUUUUCUCAAGAAGGAACAUGUAAUGUCAUUAGAGGUAGUUUUUGGAACAAUUUGACAAAUGAAGUUUUUUAUAAUGUUUUUGCUCCAUCAUUGGAGUCCAUGAGUGAAUGAGGCACAACAUUUAAAUCUUCAAGUUCUUCAAAAAUAUUUUCCUAUAAGAUGAAAAGCUCACUGCAUCAUUUUUUUUCAUUAUUUAUUUUCUUUCUUCUGGUGUUGCACACCAGAACUCCUUACAUCACACUUUUUUUGAAGAAAAAAUUGUAAAAAAUGUUCUACAAUAUAUUUAUCAUACAUAUUUUGUAGUUUCAUUUCGGGUGGCAAGAAAUCAGAGUCUUUGUUCCAUCUCCUGUAAUGAGACUUGUAUUUUGGGACUUCUCUAACAUCAUUUACGUUGUCAUCUCUAAGCUGGUUUUUACCUCCUUCCGUCCAAGUCCUCGUUGGUCUUUCAAUGAAUUUGACCUAAUUUUAAAUAGUGCUAUAUUCACCCUUUUAGAAGAAAUUCUGAAUGUACAUGUGAACAUUUGUCUACAAACAGUAAUACGUCUUAAUUUGUAAACCCUAGAGAAUGUUCUCUUUGUUGUGUCCCUACCAUAUGUACGUUUCUUUCCAUCUUCUUUAACACAAGAUGCAUGCAAUGACCUUUAUUUGUUUUUUGUUUCAUAAAUUGUGAGAUUAUACACACAUAGUUUGUGUGUUAAAGAAGUGAUUCUUCACUUGAAGGCAAGUGGAGAACAUUCUGUAAGUCGACUGAAGCUGUUAUCAUUAAUUGACCUUCCUUUGUCAGCUUCUUUCUCUUUUCGAGCAUCUGAUUUCCUUUUUAGAUGUUCAGUAUAUUGCUUUUCAAACUCCUCUGUUAAAGUUCCAUCUCUCUUGGAAAUUUCAAAUUUGUUGCAUAGCAUACAUUGAUUCUUCCUGGGAAUGAAAAAAAGAAAGGUUGUACUCUGUACCAAACACUCCCUGUAGGCAGCAAGUGGAACCAAAUUUUUUUCCAACUUCCUUGCAUUUUUCCAAAUAGAGUUCAUACAUUUUGGAAAUUGACAAUUAAGAAUCUAAAUAUUUUUGAGUUGUUCUCUGCAGUAAUGGGACAGGAAAACUCUCAAUAUGAGACCUCACAUAAUCCAAAUCUUCAUCAAUUAUUAUGAACUAUUUCAUCAAUCGAACUCUCCUGAGGCUGCCUUUCAG